AUGGAAAGUGGGGACGAAAAUUCGUUUUCCGAAAGACCAAAAAAAAUCGAAAGACUUGGAGCAAUUCGAGAACAGAAUGUACAUCAUGUAAAGGGACAUGAAUUUUUGGCUAGAUUUUUUAAGCAAGCUACUUUUUGUGGCCAUUGCACGGAUUUUAUUUGGGGAUUUGGAAAGCAAGGUUUUCAGUGCAAAGUCUGUUGCUUUGCGAUCCACAAACGCUGUCAUGAGUUUGUUCUUUUUCCUUGCCCGGGAUCUGACAAAGGACCUGAAACAAAUGUAGAAAAUUUUUUAAUAAAAUCGCAUUGCUUUAAAAAGCACACAUACACAUCUCCUGCAUUUUGUGAUCAGUGUGGUUCCUUUCUUUAUGGUAUAGUUAAUCAAGGCAUCCGAUGCGAAGCUUGCCAGCUUAAUAUCCAUAGACGUUGUGAAAAGUAUGUUCCACGCCUUUGUGGUAUUGAUCACACUGAAAAACGCGGUCGCAUUUAUUUGAAAGUCACGCAUGUGAGAUCGUCCUUAGUUGUGCUUGGUAUGCCAUUACUAUUUGAACUAUUUCACGAUCUCUUAAAUUACUCAGUUAAGGAAGCCCAGAACCUUGUUCCAAUGGACCCGAACGGCCUUGCUGAUCCGUAUGUCAAGGUUAAACUAACUGCGGAUGGGGAAAAAAAUAGAAAAUUCAAAACAAAAGUUGUCAAAGCUUCCCUUAAUCCAGAGUGGAAUGAAACAUUUGUAAUAGAAAUUAAUAAAGCAGACGAGUCGAAGCGGUUAUUGAUUGAGAUAUGGGAUUGGGAUCGGGCAUCACGAGACGAUUUCAUGGGCGAACUUUCGUUUGGGGUGUCUGAAAUUAUUCGACGUCCCGUUGAUUGCUGGUUCAAACUUCUGAGUAAAGAAGAAGGCGAAUUCUACUCAAUACCUUGUUUUGAUCCCAAACUCGGCUCUACAUUCAACAUACAAAAGUCGAAUUAUGAAGAAAAGAACUCAGGUGAGAACAGCAUUGAGAAGGCUGAUAACCGUGUGCGGAGUAAACAGGACACACUUCGAAUUUCCGAUUUUAAGUUUCUUCGCGUUCUGGGAAAGGGAAGUUUCGGCAAGGUGAUUUUGGCAGAACAUAAAGAUACAGAUGAGGUGUAUGCCAUAAAGGUGUUAAAAAAAGACUUGAUUAUUCAGGAAGACGAUAUCGAAUGCAUAAUGGUGGAAAAACGCGUCUUGUCUCUCCAGCAGAAACCACCUUUUAUUGUUCAAUUGCAUUCUUGCUUCCAAACGAUCGAUCGGCUCUUCUUUGUGAUGGAAUUUAUCAACGGCGGUGAUCUAAUGCAUUGGAUACAACUCGUGGGGAAGUUUAAAGAACCAGUUGCAACGUUUUAUGCGGCUGAAGUCGCCGUGGCACUAUUUUUUCUGCAUUCCCAUGGCGUUGUUUACCGCGACUUAAAGUUGGACAAUGUUCUUCUUGAUUACGAAGGUCAUGUCAAGUUAGCGGAUUUCGGACUGUGUAAAGACGGAAUAAUUGGAAUGAAUAAAACACAGACUUUCUGUGGAACUCUGAAUUCAAUUGCACCAGAGAUAAUACAAAGGCAACCAUACGGGUCGUCCGCGGAUUGGUGGUGCUUGGGUGUCCUAAUCUAUGAAAUGCUCGUUGGGCAGCCGCCUUUUACGGCAGAAGAUGAGGAGGAUCUUUUGCAAUCCAUUCUCGAAGUUACUCCAUCUUUUCCAAGGAAUAUUUCCAAAGAAGCCCAUAGUAUUUGCCGUGGUUUCUUGAAUAAGGAUCCAAAUACGCGUCUCGGUUGCAGUCCAGCAGGAUGUCUGGGAAUUCGCGAUCAUGUCUUCUUUCGUCGAAUAAAUUGGGAGCUCAUUGAGACACGAGCAAUUCAACCUCCUUUUAAACCCUACGUGCGUGACAAACGAGACACAAGCAACUUUGAUUCAGCGUUUACCGACAUUCCAGCAGAACUUUCCCCGACCGACAAACUCUUCAUCAUGAAUCUCAGUCAAACGGAAUUCGCAGGCUUUUCAUUUGUCAACCCAGAAUUCGUAAUAGAGGUUUAG